CCACCGCUGCCAUCCUCUGGCACUGGCAGUCUCAGGCUGGCACGUCCUCGCCGGUCAUGACUUCGCGACACAUUCACCUUUAGUUCCUUGUCACCGCCAGCGACAGACAUUCUUAAUCCCCAAGCUCUAAUGGCCUCGAGCAGUCCGGCUUCGGCCACCGUACUGCUUCAUCCACGACCUCUCUCGCGGACUGCAGGCAGUUUCGUUCUACUGCCUCUCCUUCCUCAUAGGCGCGAGAUGACACCCCUACCAGGAGAAGUAUGGACGAAGAUACUUAGUUAUGUAUUCGAUUACUACGACUACGAGUUGGAGAAACAGCAUGUGCUGCGCGACAGAUUGAAGCGGGGAUUGCUGGUGUUAUCCAAAGACCUUCAUGAUGUAGUGCUCCCACUGUUCUAUGCACAUAUCGUCCUCAAUUCCUUAUCGGCCCUGGAGAAGUUCACCCGCCGCAUAUAUGUGUGCGACCAGAAAUGGGACUCCAUCCGCCGCAUCCCUUAUUCAACGCCUGGCCGAUGGGUACAGCAUCUAGACCUUAAUGGUGUAGACGUAUGCCUGGCCUCUGAAUUGCUGCACGCGGAUACCCUCCUCAUGACGCUCUUCCCACUUCUACCCUUUCUACGGCAUUGCGCGCUCAAUCCCUCUCUUACGCUCAGUCGACGGGCUACGCUGGCCCUCGGAGGCCGCUGCGAGAUCGCACAUUUGCGCGUUCUGAAGGGGCUCCGGUUGAAGUGCACCGUUUACAAGGCCGACGACUAUUUGGUGGAGCUCGUGCGCGGAUGCAUCAACCUUGAAGAGCUGACGAUAAUCGGCACAGGGAUAGAUGUGACCGACUUCGACAGACCAGGAGAGUGGGAUGGCCUGCGCCCGCCGAAGCCACUGGAGCUACUUCAUCUGCGCAAGCUCGUCAUGCUAUCGAUGCCAUACUCGCCACUGAUGCAUGCCCUCCUACGUGCGCAUCUUCCCGCCCUGCGCCACUUGACGGUCACCCCGUACGACGAGACGUACGUCCCGGCAUCCCUCGUCCCGGAUUUCAUUCGUGUGCACGGGCAGCUGCUGGUGUCGCUUCACUUCUUCACGAUGAAGACUUGGCCCACGGUGCUCCUACCGACUCCCACGAUUCUUCUCCAAACCUGCCCCGCCCUCUCGCAUCUUUCCCUCGAGACACCCCUGCCAAUGCUCGUCCUUCGUAGGACAGAUCCAGAUCAUCCCCUGCACAUCCUUUCCAUUCCUCGCCCUAACUCGGAGUUCCUGGCGUGCUAGAGGCGCUGCUGCCGAAGAUGCCGGCGCUCAAGAUCGUGCGGGCACGCGAUGUGCGGUGGCUCCGGCCAGGCAUGUCACUACAUGCGCAACAAGCGGGGACACAAGGGGAGAUGGUCGAGUGGCGG